AUGGCAAGCCCCUUGGGACGGCGCGCAAGUUCUGUCGAUGGGAUCCAGUACAGCUUCUCAGACAGAUACUCGAUAAGACAAGGACCGCCCUUCUCGUCCGCACUGGCGUUGCGGCGACUCUUGGGUGCUGUCGAACGAUCUCAUACGCGAGAUGUGCGUGUUGCCUCAAUCGCCACGGGUACCGGCGGAAGCUCAACACGCCUCUAUCUGCAAUUGGACAGCACCAUGGGAUAG